AUGGCGUCCGAGGAUGACGCCGUGGGAGAGUUCGGAGGCGAUAUCUUCGCGGCGAGCCCAGUGAAGAACAAAAGCACCGGCCGCGACGCCAGCGCCGAGGAAGUGGCUGACGGCGACGACGAGCCUCCUCAGGAGGAUGAUGAUCUCUAUGGCGGUCUGGACGAGGGGGCAGCGGACGGUCAGGGCGCGGCGACGCUGCGGGCGGCUGUCCGAGAGCUGCAGGCAAGUGACAAGCAGCUCCGCGCACGCGUCGCGGAGCUCGAGAAGGAGAACACCAGCCUGCGAGAAGAGAACGAGCGGCUGAGCUCGGAGCGCGCGACGCUGGUCACAAACAUCUCCACUCUCUUCAACACCGCACGGGAGGAGAUCCGCAGAAAGGACACCGCCAUCGCGGACCUGCGGCGACAGCAGGAGGAUGCCCGGGGCAGAGGCGGAGGCAGACAGGGCGGUGGGCGCGGCGGCCGCGGGCAGGGUCCGCCACGGCAGCCGUGGUGA